CUAACAAACCAGUCAAAUAGUCAGUCACCUUUAAUCGCUUUAUGAUUUCAAACUAUUCAGUUGCACCCACUCUCUGACUCUUAUUUCUCUCCUCAACCUCACAUUUCCUGAAAAAUUGACCUUAUUUCCUUUCUCAGAUACUAUCAAAAUGAAUGGACUUCCAACUAUCACUUAUCAAAGUUGUCUUUUAAGAAAUAGUUUUAUAUAAUGUUCACUUUUAAUUCCCUUGCAUAUUUUUGCAUUCACAUUUAUAUUGUUCAUAUUGUUCAAAACCACUUGUUGUUUUUUCCGCUUUUAUGAUUUUUAUACCAUUUAUAAAGUAAACAGAUAACUAUAUUUUUAAAAAACAUAACCUCAGUUGAUUAAAAAAAUAAAACUCAAACACCAGUUUAUUUGCUUAUUCAAUUAAUAAAGUUAUAUAAAGUUUCGAAUAAAAUGGGAGACAACGCAAAAAACCCGUACAGCGAAAAACAGCCUGAAGUUAUCGAAGACGAUGACAUAGAUGAGCUGGGCGUGAUAAUAGCGACAAAAUUGGACGAAAGCAUGACACUUGCAAAUAUAUGUGCAGCUAAAAACGAAACGAAAAUUGAAACGAAUCAAGACCAUAGCAAGAAACCCGAAAAAACAAACGAUAUGCAGUCAGACCCAAUAGACAAUAGCGCUGAACAAAAGCCAAAAACAACAAUUCUAGAGUCAGAAAUGCCAGAAAUAGAUGAACAAGAUAACUUGUUAGCACAAAUGGUAGUCGAAAAAGAGACACACGACUACUUAAUGUCGGACGUGAGGAAAUUGACGCAAGUUAACUACUAUUUGGAACGCAAGAAAGAGUCAAAAGAAAACCGGAAAAUCCAACAACUACAGUCGGAGUUACUUGAGCUGCACUUGCUGGAUAAGGAAUCUGAAAAUUUCGAUGACGAUCCGGACUCUGAGAUUGCGAGCAUGAGAUACCAGCUUGAACAGAUCGAGGCAGAAAACGACUCCCUCCAGAGGUCAUUAGAUUCAACACGAGUAGAGGUCUUGGAAGAGGAGUUGGGAAACCUGGAGGAAGAUAUGGUCAAGUUGAAUCAAGUAGUUAUGGAGGACAAAAUUAGACAUGCUCAACUCAUGCAAGAUUUAGCUCAGAGGCAUUUGAAACGGAUGCGUGAGUUAAAGAGCUUUGGAGUUACUAUCACUAAAUUGGAAUCAGGACAAAAUGAGAUCUGGAGUCGCAAUGAAGAGGAAGAAGAGACAAUACGAGAAGAGAUGCAGAGAAAGAGAUACGAAGAAGAUCUAAGGAGAGUCCGACAGAAACGAGAACAUACCAUAUAUAGAAAUAAACACGAGCACCUCAACUGCAACAGUGAGAACAAAGGUCUCUACAACUACAAUUCCUUGCGAGAACAUGGCAGCAGGAGAUACCUUUAUGAUACUCCAGACUAUGAAGAAAAGCAUCAAAAUCUUCACGAAGACAGCGAGUUUCAGCGCAGUGGAACAAGUUCCUCUGAAAAUUUUGCAAAGGACAAGGAAAUAAUUGGCAAAGAUCUUCUUAAUUCACAAAGAUCUUCACUUUCAAAUAUGACGGAGGCUGAAAAGCUCAACAAACAUACGUCAAAAUCAACAGAGGAUGGAAAACUGAAAACAAAAGCUCCAACAGUCCUGAUCUGCAGUUUGUACCAACGCGGGGAGCGGUGCAAGUUCAAGGACGACCACUACGCCUACAAAAAUGGAAAAUACCAGCUUCAGCGACAUAUUUGUCAGAGAUGCUACUCAAUAAUGGGAGAGGAGAAAGCUCACCCGAAAGAAUCCAGGCUGUGCCAUGCGAGAGGUAGCGGGUUCGAGUCCUUCAGCUCCCCUGCUAAAAUGCGACAAGCAGUGGCCAACUUGAUGAAAAAAGCAUGCAAAGUUUAUAUUAUUCCACGAUACGAAAAGUUUCAAAAAAAAAAUGGACGAGAGGUAGUAGAAGUGGAGGUCCCUCCUCGGCCUGCCAUGUCCUCCGACUAUUCUUACGAAGGACUGUGA